AUGUCCUCCGAUGCGGCGACUUUGCCAUCUCCUCCGAAGGUACCACCGUGGAAGGACAGCCGGCGUCCUUACUCGGUGGGGAGCGACAUGAAUUCCAGCGGAAAAUUCAACGGAGCGGAUUUAUAUCCCAAGAGCAAGGCCCCUCUCGUCCCACCGCGGCGACCUCGGUUCCCCAAUAUCAAAGACCUGCAAGACCAGGCUGCUGCGUUAGAUGUUAACGACACUACACCGCUUGAUAUUCUCCUGCCAACGGCUGCCGAUGCAAUCGAAAGAGCCAGAAACCUCGCAGAUGACAACUACAACGACAAAGCCUACGUCCAGUACCUUCGGGCCUCUGAAAUCACCAUCAACAUCAUCCCCCAUCAUCCAGACUAUCGAACCGCCAGCCAACGCCCUAAUUGGUAUAAGGAGUUCGCCGAUCUAGUGAAGGCGGUACGGGCCAAACAAGGCACUAUGGAUGCGAUCAAGCAGGACAUUAUUGAGGAUAAUUUGGUCAGUGGCAUGCAGCCAACUGGUAUUUUUACAUCCAGAUCCCCAGAACAAAUUUCUGUCACGCCACGGGGCCGUGAGAAUCGAAAGUCUGCAACAAGCUUAGCUAGAAUGCCAAGUCCGACUGAGUACCAAGGCAUGCACGACACAGAGGCGCACUCGCAAAGAUUUUCCAGUCCUCCAGAUGACAUGCUUGCGCAACGUUUUGCCAAACUCAAGGCAUCUCCCCCUUCCAACCAGUAUGGGUCGGGAGCAAGUACUGCUGGAUCGGGAAGCCCAAUAGUAGGAUCUGCAGGGCAGAUCCCACUUCAUCCGAACGUACCAUUUGGGAUAUACAGCUCCCCACCGCCACGACGUCCACUGGGACCUCGCAGCAUGGGAUCUUCGUCGAAUGUGCCGACCAUUCCACCGAAGGUUCCGCUUAACACAUCGUUACCACGUGCUCCAGACCCAGCCUAUAGCCCUGUCUUUACCGUGCCAUCAAAGCCCCCAUCCAACCCACCGAGAAGGUCAACGGAGAGCACACGCUCAGGAAAUCCAAAAUACUCACAAUUCAGCAACUCCCCACGUGUCAGUCCAACUCGUGGAGGCUUUGAUGACAAUCCGUAUAGAUCUCUGACGCCCAAUGGGUUGGAUUCGGCGCGAGAUACGCGAAGCAAUUCACCCGAUCUACCGUACAGCACAACUAUAACAGCACAGAGCCUCCUUGAAAAUCUGCGGAAAUUCAAUGUGCUACUGAUCGAUGUUCGGGCCCGAGACCAGUAUGAUAAUGGUCACGUAUAUGCAAAAUCUAUCAUUUGCAUAGAACCUGUAAUUCUAAAAGAGAACGUGUCGGCGGAAGAACUAGAGGAGCGACUCGUUGUUUCACCUGAGCAUGAGCAGGCCUUGUUUGAGAAACGCAACGAGUACGACCUUGUGGUUUACUAUGAUCAAAGUGCCGAUUCCGUCAGCUAUCUCGCUGGCUCGCCGGUGGGGACAUCAUCACCCCAUUUGAGGGCUCUACAUGAUACCCUUUACGAGUUCAAUGCAUACAAGCCAUUGAAGGCCGGACGCCCUCCGGCACUCCUACUUGGUGGGUUGGAUGCCUGGAUUGAUCUUUUAGGGCAACAAUCCCUUGCGACAUCCUCAACCGCUGCUGUCAUGAGUUCUCUGCAGGCCAGAAAACCUGUGUCUAGACCUGGUCGGCCUCUCGGAAGAGUGCCUACCAUGGCUAGUUCGAAUUCAAGCCUCGAAAUUCGGAAGAGACGACUGCGCGAGUUCACGCCUUUGAAUUCGAAGGAGUUGUCCGAGUGGAUGGAGAAAUCUAAAGUCGAAGAGAUCGACACGAGCACCUAUGCUGAGGAAGACUCACUGGUGGAGGAACCCGAGGAGACUGUACCAGAGCCUCCAACUCCAUUUGUCCACACAUAUGAAGCUUUCUUGCGUCGUUUCCCUGAACCGCACGAUGUUCAACAAUCCAUGACAAACGCCGGUUCCCGCGCUCCUCUUGUUGCUGCUCCAAAUUAUGCUACACACAUGCCAGUGACCCCCUCUCGACCACCCCCUGCUGUGCCCCGUCCCAGCUAUAGCGGCGUCUCCGAUGGACGGCAAAUUCAACCGCAUUUGCAACGACAGAAUUCGGCGAAUCAAACAGCCCUGUAUACUCCAAGCUCUCGCCUAGAUCGCCUCAAACUCCCACGGACUGGGUUGACCAAUUUCGGUGUGACGUGUUACAUGAAUGCCACCAUCCAAUGCCUCAGCGCAACGAUUCCACUGAGCAGGUUCUUUAUCGACAACCGAUUUCGCUAUUAUGUACAAAAAAAUUGGAAGGGGUCUCAGGGUGUUAUGCCGGGACUUUAUGCGAAUCUUACCCGGUCGCUAUGGAAAAACGAUGUCGAGGUCAUCAUGCCGACCUCGUUCCGGAACUUCUGCGGGCGCUUAAAUCGAGAAUGGGCCAUCGACCGGCAACAAGAUGCGAAAGAAUUCUUCGAUUUUGUGGUAGAUUGCCUCCACGAGGAUCUCAAUAUCAACUGGCAGCGAACACCACUUCGACCUUUGACCUUUUCAGAGGAGAUGCAACGAGAGCGAAUGCCGAUGACCAAAGUUUCCCGAAUUGAAUGGGACCGAUAUUGCCACCGAGAGGAGUCUUUUAUCUCGUCACUAUUCGCAGGACAACAUGCCAGUCGUCUGCGCUGCACGACCUGCCAACAAACUUCCACUACCUACGAGGCCUUCUACAGUAUCAGCGUUGAAAUCCCACCAACAGGUGCCGGUGAUAUCUAUCAGUGUCUUCGUAGCUACUGCCAGGAGGAGAUGCUGAGCGGUGACGAGGUCUGGAAGUGCCCACAUUGUAAAUGCAAGCGAAUGGCAACCAAGCAGAUCAUUGUCACGCGAGCGCCCCAGAUUCUUGUUGUCCACUUCAAGCGCUUCUCCGCAUCCAAGACGCAAAGUGCACGAAAGAUCCACACCCCCAUCGAAUUCCCGCUUCACGGUCUCCGGAUGGACGAUUUCGUUAUUUCUCACCCUCUCCCUCCCCCUCCGGAACCCGGCAUACCACCUACCACUGGUGCUACGGUCCCGCCAUUUACCUACGAUGCCUUUGCGGUGCUGCGGCACCUUGGGUCUUCGAUGGGCAGUGGACACUACAUCUCGCUGGUCCGUGAUGCCGAGAGACAGUGCUGGCGGAAAUUCGAUGACGAGCGGGCCACGGACUUCAACCCGCGGGACCUUCGGGGGCGGGACCGGCUACAGAACGAACAGGCUUACAUUGUGUUUUAUGAACGAGUUCCAGCGAAAUGA